UGCAUCGAUAUUGUAAUCGAUAUAUCUCCACCUUUAAAGGAGAGCAAGCGUAAAAGAAUAUUAGCUAGUUUUGUAAUUGGCAAAUUUUUAGUUUAUUAUAUACAUUUAGUGCAUAUCAUUUAAGCUACAGCCCCGCAUCCAACUAUGCUGUGGGCGCCUAGGCUGCUGUUGCUAGUGCUGGCGCUGUUCGGCAGCAGCGUCAUCAUUGUCGAUUGCUUCUAUGUGCCCGGCGUGGCACCCGUAGAAUUUGUGCGAGGCCAAAAAAUCGAUGUAAAGGCGGUAAAAAUGACGAGCAGCCGCACACAGCUGCCAUAUCAGUAUUAUUCGCUACGGUUCUGUUACCCCAAGAACGGCACACUUAUCUUUAAGUCGGAGAAUCUCGGUGAAGUGCUGCGUGGCGAUCGAAUUGUCAACACACCCUACGAGGUGCAAAUGGCAGAGAAUAUUAACUGCAAACUGCUGUGCAAUCAAAAGGAUUUGCCCAUUACUUGGACCAAAGAGGAUUCGGCCACGGUAGCGGAACGCAUACAACAUGAAUACUAUGUCCAUCUACUGGUCGAUAAUCUGCCGGUGGCAACACGGAUUGUCAGUGCCAACAAUCCCAAUGAUAUUACUUAUGAGCAUGGCUAUCGAUUAGGCCAAGUAGAUGGUGACAACAUUUAUAUCAACAAUCAUUUGAAGUUUAUUCUGUCCUAUCACAUGUACACUAAGGAUAAGUAUCGUGUGGUUGGCUUUGAAGUUGUUACAGGCUCUGUCAAUCACAAGGAGCUCAAAUUUGAGGAUGACACUUGCAAUUUUCCGGAUAAUCCGCGACCACAGCUUGUAAAUCCCUCGGGCGAAACCAAACUGUAUUUCACCUACUCUGUGGUCUGGAAGGAGUCCAAAGUGAGCUGGGCCUCACGCUGGGACAUCUACCUGGGCAUGCGUGACGUACAGAUCCAUUGGUUUAGCAUCAUCAAUUCGCUGGUCGUCGUCUUCUUCCUGUCUGGCAUACUGACCAUGAUCAUGAUUCGUACGCUGCGUCGCGACAUUGCUCGCUACAACACAGACGACAACAUCGAAGAUACUCUUGAAGAGACCGGCUGGAAAUUGGUGCAUGGUGAUGUAUUCCGUCCGCCCAAGAACACAAGACUUUUCUCGGCCAUCAUUGGCAGCGGCAUUCAAAUCUUCUUCAUGGCCAUGAUAACCAUCUUCUUUGCUAUGCUGGGCAUGCUGUCGCCUUCGUCACGUGGCGCUUUGAUGACCUCUGGCAUCUUCAUGUAUGUGUUUAUGGGCACUAUUGCUGGCUACUAUGCUGCACGACUCUACAAGACGAUGAAGGGACGCGAGUGGAAGCGUGCGGCCUUUCUUACAGCUACUUUGUACCCGGGUAUUGUUUUUGGCACUGGCUUCUUUCUGAACUUUUUCAUUUGGGAUAAGUCAUCGAGUGGUGCUGUUCCCUUUACCACAAUGAUCUCGCUGUUGUUGCUUUGGUUUGGCAUUUCAGUGCCACUUGUUUACCUUGGCUUCUAUCUGGGCUAUCGCAAACAGCCGUAUCAGCAUCCCGUGCGCACCAACAUGAUUCCACGACAGGUGCCCGCUCAACAAUGGUACAUGAAUGCCGCAUUGAGCACUCUAAUGGCUGGCAUUUUACCAUUUGGAGCGGUUUUUAUCGAGCUUUUCUUUGUCUUUACUGCCAUUUGGCAGAAUCAAUUCUAUUAUCUAUUUGGAUUUUUGUUUUUGGUCUUUUGCAUUCUUGUAGUCAGCUGCGCGCAAAUCUCAAUUGUCAUGACAUAUUUUCAACUGUGUGGCGAGGACUAUCGUUGGUGGUGGCGAAGCUUUAUCGUAUCGGGUGGCUCAGCUGUUUAUGUGCUUUUUUAUAGCAUAUUUUACUUCUUUACCAAACUGGAGAUUACAGAAUUUAUACCCACAUUGCUCUACUUGGGUUAUACAGGUCUAAUGGUGCUUACGUUCUGGCUAUUGACUGGAUCUAUUGGCUUCUUUGCUGCUUACGUUUUCAUACUGAAAAUCUAUGGUGCUGUGAAGAUCGAUUAGAGAAGCUUCUUAUUUACAAAACGCUGCACGCCAAACUAUCCCCGCAAUAUAUCAUUUGAUCGUAAUACUUAUUGCCUAUAUUAUAAAUAUUUAUAUAUGACAGCCUAGCAUUAUAAAAGCAAAUGUACCAAGCCCCCAAAAAAAUCAGCCAAAGGCCAUGUGUAAUAUUCUGUUCAACCUUCAGCUCCUCCUCCUACUCUCCGAUCAUCAAAAUCGUGCUAUAAUUUUCCUUCCAUCCAUCUGCUGUGCUUUUCCCAACAAAAAACUCAAUUACUACGCUUCAAUAGUAUUUCCUUUCCUUGGGGAUCACUCAUGUCUCGAGUGCAUUGCGUUAGGAUACAUUCUAGAAAUGCCUAAUUUAUAUAUGUAAAGUAAAAAUCCUAAUCUAUAAGCUAAAACAUAAAUACAAGAAAUCUAAUAAAAUAAGCUAAGUAUAAAUGGCAAAUAAGUGAUUAAAGUAAAAUUAACAUUGUAAA